AUGGGUGUCCCGGGGAAGUGGAUUAGAGCAUUGGUUGGUCUAAAGAGAUCAGAAAAGCGCGAGUCCUUAGAGAAGGAUGGAAAUGCUAGCAAGUUUCGCCUUCGAAGAAAGCAUUCCAUUGAAAUUCACAGUAGCAAACUUCAAAAUGAGUUUGGCGACGAUGGCGCUACACCUAUUGGAGAUGCAGAUCAUGCAAAUUCCCAAUCAAUUAUUGAUGCUCAUUAUUCUCCUUCUACUUCACAACAAGCACCGGAUGUUGCACAUAAUCAUCAAAUUACAAGUGAAGAAUGGGCUGCAAUAUGCAUUCAAACAGCAUUUCGAGGAUUUCUGGCCAGAAGAGCACUUCGUGCUUUGAAAGGAUUGGUAAGGCUUCAGGCCCUUGUAAGAGGCCAUGCAGUAAGAAAACAAGCUGCAAUAACUCUCCGUUGUAUGCAAGCUUUGGUGAGGGUUCAGGCCCGUGUUAGAGCAAGGCGUGUUCGCUUGGCAUUAGAGAGUCAAACAGAUCAACAGAAACUUCAGCAACAGCUUGUAAACGAAGCCCGUGUUCGAGAAAUUGAAGAAGGUUGGUGUGACAGUGUGGGAUCUGUUGAAGAAAUUCAAACCAAAAUAUUAAAGAGACAGGAGGCUGCAGCAAAACGUGAGAGAGCCAUGGCAUAUGCUCUAGCUCAUCAGUGGCAGGCAGGAUCAAGGCAGCUUGCUGCUUCUUCAGGGUUCGAACCCGAUAAAAGUAGUUGGGGUUGGAAUUGGUUGGAAAGAUGGAUGGCUGUACGUCCUUGGGAGAAUCGCUUUCUUGACAUUAAUACGAAAGAUGGAGUAAAGGCAGACGAAAAUGAUGUUAUGGAUGGUAGCAAUGGGGUCAGACCUCAGUUCAAGCCUACUAAUGCGAAAUCAAAUCUGCCAAACAUCCAUCCAAGCGUCGUCAGUCACAAAACCGGCCCCUCUCUCUCUGAUGGCUGUGAUUCUUCUUCCACUAGCAAGUCAGCAGAUUUGCUCGAGACAUCGAACACACAAUCUGUUAGACCAAAGUCUAAUGCAAAUGUUCAAAUUCCCGUUGAAGAAAACAACUCAAAAUCUAGUUUUCCAAGAUCUCAAAGUAAUCCAAAGGAGAGAAUCUCACAGGUAGAUAAAGAUAAACAGGCGAAAAAGCGGUUAUCUCUUCCUAACAAUGCAGGGGUUGGUUCCGGGACUCAAACGGCCCGAUAUCCUACCAGAACGAAUGUGAAAGGGACACGUAGCACACAAAAGCCUAUAAGGAAUAAACCCAAGCUCAGUGAAGAAGGGAAUAGGAAUCUUACUAAAUCUGUUCCACAGCAAACGGGUGUGUAA